AUGAAGGAAGAUGUGGAUGGUGUGACUCCAUGCCUUAGAAGAGGUGAUACAACAAGCGAUGACGUCAGAGGGAUCGAUGGUGAUGAUCGGCGAAACAAGUUCCAACAUGGCACCAAGGGAGACAGCUGCGCCAUUCAAGGCGUAGAUCCUUUGGGCAACGCCGAGGAAGGUGGAAACACCCUUGGCGACACCCACAUAAGAGGACUCGAUGGCGCCAGCGACACGGGCAGUGCUGACUAUGUGGGCGUCGAUGGAAUGGGCGAUGUCAAAAGUGGUUGGAGCAUGGGAGAUGCUAGAGCUAGACGUGGCGACGUUGGGAAGGACAUGGGCACAAGAAAGGGUGAAACUUUGGGCAUGGGUGGCGACACUAAAGUUGGGGAAAGAGGUGGCAGUGUUAGUGAUGAGUUGGGCAUCACCAAUGGUGUGCUAGGUGGCUUCAGUAGUAUAGGUGACCCUAGUGACGAGUUGGGCUCUAGUCAUCGGGGUAGGCUGAGCGCUAGGAUAGGAGGUCCACGUCCGGGACCUCCUAUCCUUGUUCAUGAAUUUUUGUUAAUCCCGAAGCUCCAUGACCUAUUAUUGGCUUUUGCCUUGUUAGGUGCCUGA